CCGCCAUGCGCCGGCCGACGCUUGCUGCCCUGGGCCUGCUGUGCUUGGCGCCCUCGCCCGCAACGCCCGCCCCGCACGACACAGCGCCGUUCCCCUACGACGCAGCAGCCUAUGCCUCGGCCCGCGACGCGUCGCCACCACCACCAUCCUCACCACCACAAAGGCCCUGGCGCAGCCUGUCCGACGCCCUCAUCCGCAGGAUAUGGGCCCUCCCCGCCGCCCCCCAGAGCCCCGCUGCCGACACGCGCCCCGCCGCCCAAGCCGCAUGGAGCCAUGGCCUCGCCGCCCAGUAUAGCGACGACUUGGUGUUGAGGUUCGCCAUCCGCACCCCCGACGAGGCCGCCGCCCUUGCAAAGGCUGCCCAUGUCCUCUUCCUCGACGUGUGGGAAUUCACCCGCGACUGGGCCGACGUGCGCAUAUCCAGGGACGUGGUGCAGUCGCUGCUCGAGCUGCUCCCCCCGUCGCUCCACGACGCCCAUGAGCCGCUCAUGCAGGACCUCGGCCUCGCCCAGGCAAUCUUCAACACGUACCCAUCCACCGACUCGCCCCCCUCCCACCACGACGACCGCUUCUCCCCCACCCUGCGCCCGUCGCCGCGGACAGGCAAAGGCCAUGUCUUCUUCCAGGACUACCAGCCGCUGUCCGUCAUCAACCCGUGGAUGAGCCUCAUGGCCUCCAUGUUCACCACGCACGUCCGUCGCAUCAACGUGGGCGUCAGUUACCAGGGCCGCGACAUGCCCGCCCUGCGCGUCGGUGUCCACCCGACCAACAACGACCAGCCCUCGCACCCGCGCAAGACGGUUCUGGUCACGGGCGGUAUACACGCGCGCGAGUGGAUAUCAACCAGCACGGUCAACUACCUGGCCUGGAGCCUGAUCAAUGCCUACGGAAAGGACCGCGAGAUGACGCGCCUGCUCGAGGAGUUUGAUUUCGUCUUUGUCCCCACGCUGAACCCGGACGGCUAUGUCUACACAUGGGAGACGGACCGCCUGUGGCGCAAGAACCGCCAGCCCACCAGGCUGCGCUUCUGCAGCGGCGUCGACCUCGACCGCAGCUAUCCGUACAUGUGGGACGGAGACUCGGCGCAGUCGAAUCCCUGCAGUGAAUCCUUCCCCGGCGACGCGCCCUUUGACGGCGUCGAGGCAGCCCGCUUCGCCCAAUGGGCCAAGAAUGAAACCGAGAACAACAAUGUGGAAUUCGUGGGCUUCCUGGACCUGCACUCGUACUCGCAGCAGAUCCUGUACCCGUACAGCUACUCUUGCAACGAAGAGCCGCCGGCCAUCGAGGACCUCGAAGAGCUCGCCCUGGGCCUGGCCAAGGCCAUCCGCGUCUCCCGCAAGGGCCAGACGUACAAGGUCACCUCUGCAUGCGAAGGCAAUGUCGCCUUGGCCAACAACAAGAAAACGGUGCUUCCGCGCAUCGAAUCGGCUGGCGGCAGUGCACUCGACUUCUUCUACCACGAGAUGAAGGUCAAGUAUUCGUACCAGGUCAAGCUGCGAGACACGGGCAGCUAUGGGUUCCUGCUGCCAAAGGAGAACAUCAUCCCAACCGGAGAGGAGAUGCUGGACGCGCUUCUGUACUUUGGGCGCUACAUCAUGGGCGAGGUUGGAAUCACCAAACAAGGACAAGAGGCCAAGACUGCCCCGUCUGAACAAGGCUGGGUCGUCGUCCCCAAAGAGGGCAGCAUGACUAUCCCACAAGGCGAGGCCGAGAUGAUGGAGCUGUAGGCGUUGACAAUUCUCACUUCUGUAUUUAAUUACACCGACUCUGUAUUGUAAUCCCACCCACUU